AGCCGGCCAGGUGCGGACGCCGCGAGUUGUGACGUAACGGCUGGCUCGCGGAAGUUGGCUUUUUGGCAGGGAGGGGGGAGCGGAGAGGAAGAAAAGGAAGGGAAAGAAAAAGAAAAAGAAGAAGAAAACUUCUAGACAGCGAAGUCAUAACUGCAUAAAGAAGGGGCCUCGGCACGAAACUAUCUCCAACUUCAGCUAACCAUUUUUCUUGCUCUUCCCCUCUCUCCCCCCUCACGAAACUUUCAUGGUUAAACCGUGGGAGCUGGAGAUCUGAGAGCCCGGGCAGGCGGCUAACAGACGAAGACAGGGCGGACGCCAGAGAGCUGAUGACCGCUUGCCGGCCUGGUUCUCACCGUGCCCUGUGCUGUGAUGGUGUCACCUGUCAGUGGGCCCGACGCAGCGCAGACGUGCCGCUAAGGAGACAGCCAUAACACGCGGGGUCAAACCUGUACAAAUAUAAAUAUAUAUGCACAGAGUGACAAUGCAGACAUGCAACGAGACACACUUUUGAUUUCACUGGUGCUUUUUUGAAGAAGAAGAAAAAAAACGAAAUCGCAUUGGGACUGAUGCACAAAUCAGACCUUCAGACACUCAGGGGUCUCACUGCGGAUCAACUGCAGUGCUGAUGGUGUCAGAAGCUUCAGCCACGGGGCGCCGGAUGGCCAGCACCUUCUCGGCAGAUUUGCAGCAGACCAUGCUUUUCCGCCGUGUCUGACCAUGCGGGGAAGUCAAAGACCUAGGAAGGCUUGCCGGGAAUGGAUACGCAGCGCAGCGAAACAGCGGGCCCUUCUUCCGGAGAAACGGAGAGACUCUGAAUUCAAAGAAAGCGCGUAACCAACAAAACCACAGGAAGUGUGGCUUCUGAUAAAACAUUUUAUAAGAAUAUCAUAUUUAAAGAUCAGAAUGGAGCUGGUCCCCAAAACAAAAUACACUCAUUUCCGUAGUGAAUCCCUCAGCUCUACAGAUGAUACGAACUCAAACUCCUCUUUUUCCCCUCCGGCCCCCUUGACCCCUCUCACUCCUCCUGGCCUGCCCUCCUCUCUCUCUUCCACAUCCCUUACCCCCAUCCUUCCUCCUGCCUCACCCCGUCCAGCCGAGAACAGCCCCACAACGCUCUGCUCUUUCUUUCCCCGCAUGGGUGCCCUGCGCCUGGGCGUCUCUGCUACUCUGCUCCCCGGCCUUAAAGCAACAAACAGGCCUUCUAACUCCCAAGCUCUUGGGGAGCCCCCGGGGGAGCCCAUGGCCGAGUUAGCACCCCCAAUGAUGGCUCCCUCUCCCCCUCCCCGUCCCACGCAGGACAUGAACCGGCUGGGCGGGGCCUCGCGACGGGCCCGGGUGGAGGGGGGACAGCUCGGCGGAGACGAGUGGACACGACACGGGUCUUUCGUCAACAAGCCAUCCCGAGGCUGGCUCCAUUCAGACAGCGUGGUCAGCACCUCGGGGGUGUCGUACACUGUCCGGUAUAUGGGAUGCGUGGAGGUUCUGCAGUCCAUGAGAGCUUUGGAUUUCAGUACUAGAACUCAGGUCACAAGGGAGGCAGUCGCUGUAGUGUGCGAGGCAGUGCCCGGGGCCAAGGGGGCUCAACGGAGAAGAAAGCCCGCGACGAGGUGCCUGUCUUCUAUCCUUGGGAAGAGCAACCUGCAGUUUGCCGGCAUGACAAUCAGCCUCACCGUUUCCACCAGCAGCCUCAACCUGAUGGCCAUGGACUGCAAGCAGAUUAUCGCCAACCAUCACAUGCAGUCCAUCUCUUUCGCUUCUGGAGGAGACCCAGACACAGCAGAGUAUGUAGCUUAUGUAGCCAAAGACCCUGUCAACCAGAGAGCCUGUCACAUCCUGGAGUGCUCCGAGGGCUUAGCUCAGGAAGUCAUCAGCACCAUUGGUCAAGCCUUUGAGCUGCGCUUCAAGCAGUACCUGAAGAACCCCCCGAAGCUUGUGACACCCCACGACAGGAUGGCUCCGUUCGAUGGGUCUGCGUGGGAGGAGGAGGACGACGAGUGCCAGCCUCCUCCCGAAGUUCCCUAUUACAACAACUUCCCUGGCAAACAGCCCCCUCCGGGCGGCCUGGUGGACAUGCGGAGCCGGGCAGGCCACACCCCAGGGGCCACACUGCCAUACGGUCAAGCGGGACAGAAUGACGUGCACAAGCAGCCCCUGCCACCUCUCCCAGCGGGGGUAAAGGAGGGUGGCCGUGACCUGUUUGACGACCCGUCUUAUGUUAAUGUGGACAAGCCCCGCCCACCCACAUCUGCCGCUAAUGGCAACGCCCACCGAGAUGCGUUUGAUAUGAAGCCUUUCGACGACGCGCUGGGCGUCUCCGUGGCGGGGGCAGCACUCCCCAUGGCCGAACAGCUGCAGGCCGAGCCCUGGUUCCAUGGCAGCCUGAGCCGAAGGCAGGCUGAGCGGCUGCUGACGAAGGACGGCGACUUUCUGGUGCGGGAAUCGGGAACCACGCCAGGACAGUACGUGCUGACAGGCCAGCAGGGAGGGCAGCCCAAGCACCUGCUGCUGGUGGACCCCGAAGGAGUGGUUCGCACCAAAGACCACCGUUUUGAGAGUGUAAGUCACCUAAUCAGCUACCACAUGGACAACCGCCUCCCCAUCCUGUCUGCAGGGAGCGAGGUCUGUCUGCUGCAGCCGGUGGAACGCAGGUCCUGACUUGUCCAGGUGUUGCCAUGGAUCCCAAAGUGUCCCUCCCUGUCCCCACCCCUCGUCCCGGCAUCACUUGAGUGUCCAGUUCACUAUUUGUAAUUAAAUUGUGACUUUCCCAUCUUACUGUCCCGUUGCCGCUGGGAAAGAGGAAUACCCUCGAUGUCAUCUGAUUGCAGCAGCAAUGAGUAGCAAAGAAUAUGGGCAAGUGCUUCACCAUCCCAGUGGCACAGAGUCUGCAAGAAUUUCAUCGUCAAGGAACUCCAACACAAAAGAUGUGCAGAGCGUCGCUUCCUUGGAAGGCUUUGUCUGCCAUGUGCUCUUGAGCUCCAUAGCAGUUAAGCUCAGGGCCGAUUCAGUCUGUGUGUCCCUGGAAUGACUCUAAAGACUAGCGCAUUAAUUAAAAAAUAACCGGCAGCAUUAGUGUGAUGGGAGGGUCAGCCUUAUACCCUCCCUGAACAAAACGGAAUCACUCCAAAGACUAAACUUGUGCCAGGUUAGUGUUGGAAUGGGAUCGUAAGGGUGCUUCGUAUUCACUGUGUUGAGCUGAGAUUCAGGUAAAGACACGCCCACAUGCCGUCAUGUGGGAGCGCAUGCAGCGCAUUUAGCAGCACUUUGGGGAGCGCGGUGCUGCACGGCUUCCCUUUUAGGCCCCGGAGACACCUCUCUGAAUGAACACAGCCCUGGGGGACACACAGGCCGCCUCCACCUCUGAUGUAAUGGGGAGGUGACCGCCAGCCAGUCGGCCCGGUGUGGAUCGAUGCCAUAAAGGAGCCAUGACAGCCAUGCCAAUGAAGACGGGACGUUCUCUCUCUACACGGGGACUUCAUUGGCUCCUUUAUGAAACUUCACUGAGUAUUGUCGGAUUUGAACAGGAACACUAAGUUUGGAUGUGACCUCAGGUUUGCCCCGCGGGGUGGUGCAUGUGUGAAAUGGCAUGAGCAGUCCAUUAGCCUGCCUUUGUCUGGUUUGGAAUAGCCUAGAGGUAUAGUAACGAUGGAAUCUCAGGCUCCAUUACAUAGAGACUCCUGAGUGGGGUGGCACUCUCUACUGGUGGUUCUGAGCAUGGCUGCGGUUGAGUGUCUGCCAGCUGCCGUUUUGGCAGACUCGCCAUAACCCAGUCCGGCAGAACUGAAAAUGAGAGAGGCGGUGGUGAGUCCUGUAGGUUUGCAGAGGUAUGGGGGCACGGCGAGGCCCAGCCAUGUGUUAGCAUUGUGGAUUUGAUGCUUGCUUCUGGUAGAGUGCCAGACUGCUACCCAAUGCUGGCAGCUGGAGGCUUUGUCUGCCUGACAUGGAGCCCAUUUUCUUACAGUUGCUCCCAAAGACAGCUGGGUUUUUAACUGGGUAGAUUUGGCUUGGCUUGUAAUGCCCUUUUACUGGCAGAUGUGUGUGUGUGUGUGUGUGUGUGUGUGUGUGUGUGUGUGUGUGAGAGAGAGAAAGAGAGAGUGUGCCUGGAACCUGGAAUGUUAGGUCCUGCCAGCGUUCUAUGAGAGCACAGCAUGAGCGCUGGGAUCAACGUAUGCAACGACAAUCUGUCUAGGAUGGGACGCUGGACACUGCGUGUACAUGGUGUACAGGUGAACAGAGUGGUGAGUCCCUGGAUGUAUGGCCCAUAGUGAUUACCCGACACUCCCUGUAAGGUCACACCUGCAGGUGAUGUUGUUUGGAGCAGUGAUCAGCUUUUAUAUACAUAUAUUUUAUAUGAUAUGAAAAUGGGACAAGCUGAUACGCGUUGAUCUCAGUCUCACCCUGGAGAAACCGACAUUUAGAAACUCCUGUUUUCAGCUUAGAAGUUUCAGAAGAUGACUGUUGGAAGGCUGAGCUUUUAGCCUGUGCUGAAUAUGCAGUUUGUAAGGCAGGAGGCAGGGGCAAGGGGGGGGGAGGGGGCGUCGUAAAACCUGCUCUGUCCUCCUGCUCUUCAUUCACAUCUUUUUCUGUGCCUUGUCUUGUCAGUAAAGCCACAUCAAAGCAAUCAUUUAGCCAGUUUGUGCUGUGAGCUGCACCCACAUGCAUCACUAAUGUUCAUGUUUUGUUAAACCCGUUAAGAUAUACUGUCAUUGAUGUAAAUUUCUUUGAAAUGUUAUGCAGUUUCUCAUUGGUCUUUUCUCUACUUCUGUUUUUCAAUACUCAUGAGAAAACUACCAUGAACAUAUAAUUGUACUUAACCUCUAUUACGUUUGUCACUUUUUUCAGAAACCCCCUGUACUCUUUUUGCUUUACAGGGAUGGUAAAGAACCAAAGAGGACUAAGACAGCUAGUAUGUAUGACUUUGUAAGGUUGCAAGAGGACCGUUUUUGUAGCGGCAGUUAUUACACUUACUCGAUUGAAUGAUUCGGUCCAAGAUUGAACCCCAAAGGCUAGUUUUUCAGUUUGGCUGAUUGUCCUGUUUGUUCUUUACCAGCAUAUAUACGUGUGCUUUUUUUAAUGUGUGCCUAUUUGUAAACAUCGGUCAUUUUCUCAUCAGUUCUCUUGCAGUAAUAUGUCCAUUUUGUGUGCCUAUGUGUGAGUUAUUUUUGAUAUUGCACAAGGGAGGGUUCCGUUUGUAAUUUUGCAAGGCACCUUAUGGUUAUACCUUUAACUGGCUGUGUGGUGGGUAGCUGCCUUUUAAAAGGGCACUGGUCUCCCUGUAAGUCAGUGCUUGGGACAGAGGCAUGUCUCAACUUUUUAAUGUCCAUUUCCUGUCCAUAUUAUGAGCCAUUUCUUUCUCCAUUAUAGCUGCCUUCAUUGCAUGUAAAUCCUUCAUAAAUUCUA